GCGCGCAUAUGCGUGAAACGCAGCUAUGGUGUUUAGUAGCAACGAAGGUGCUUUCAAGGAGCUAUCUCUUUUUUUCCGGAGGAUUAAUAGAAGGAUAUAAUUUGGACUGAACUAAUUACAUAUUGUUGCAAGAUUGGAAUUUUAUAUUGCUGUUUGUGUUUUACUUGGGUGGUCAAUGAACUAGUUUCACGACCAUAGUAACAACAACAACAACAACAGAGAGAGAAAGAGAGAGAGAGCUUGUGUCGACUUGUGUUGUUAAAUGGAAAGCAUCCAAUGCGUGUAACGGAAGAGUCUGAAAUUUUUGAUAAUGAUAAACUGUUGACCCGAAACUGAUAAUUCCAAGUUACAUUUUUAAUACUGUCUGUUGUAUGUGUAAAAGAUAUUGAGUUAAUAGUGUAUAUUUAUGUUCGAUUACAAUGAAUUUAUACUGGAAGUUGUUUUAUCAAGUGAGACAACGUUCACAGAUACCAUUGCUACAGGUGGCUGUGAAAGAUUAUAAUAAUGUGUGUCGACAAUACUUCACAGAGAAAAAAUAUGAAUCUUCUAGGAUUAAGCAAGAUUCUAUUAAGUUGUAUGCAACAUAUGUUGCUGCUGCUGCUGCAUCAAUUUUAGGCAUAUCUUACUAUACUUGUAGAUACAAAAAAAAUAUUUAUGCUCUCGAUAAAACAGAGGAUGUAGAAUGUGGUAAAUUACAAAAGGAUAUGAAGACAUAUACUUUGGAAGAAGUAGGAAAACAUGAUAAAAAAGAAAAUCGUAUUUGGGUUACUUUUGGAGAAGGCGUGUACGACAUAACAGAAUUUGUAGACAAGCAUCCAGGUGGUUCUUCGAAAAUUUUAAUGGCUGCAGGUGGCUCAAUCGAGCCUUUCUGGUCUAUCUUUGCAAAUCAUAAUACACCAGAGAUAUAUUCAUUAUUAGAAUCUAUGAGAAUAGGAAAUAUUUCGGAAGAGGAUGCUAAGUCUAACAAGAGUGAUUUGCAUGAUGCAUAUGCAAAUGAGCCUUUCAGGCAUAAAACCUUAAUUGUUAACAAUCAAAAACCUUUUUGUGCAGAACCACCAUCUCCAAUAUUGGUUGAAAGUUUCAUCACACCAACUGAUUUAUUUUAUGUUAGAAAUCAUUUGCCAGUGCCUGAAAUAGAUCUGAAAGACUAUGUAUUAGAAUUAACAAUAGAAGGGGUGACCAAAAAGACACUCAAUUUUGAUGCAUUGAAAAAAUAUAAGAAACACACGAUAACAGUUGCUGUAAUGUGUGGAGGGAACAGACGUUCAGAAAUGGCAAAGGUAAAAAAACUAAGAGGACUGAGCUGGGAUGCAGGUGCUAUUGGGAAUGCUCAAUGGACUGGUGUACGAUUAUGCGAUUUAUUGAAAGAUCUAGGAGUCAAUGAAGAUGCAUUUAGUCAUAUUCAGUUUGAAGGAUAUGAUCUAGAUCCAUCUGGAACACCAUAUGGAGCGAGCAUUCCUAUUUCUAAAGCUAUGGACCCAAAAGGAGAUGUGAUUUUAGCAUAUGAAAUGAAUGGUCAACCAAUAAGUAGAGAUCACGGAUUUCCUGUGAGAGUAAUCGUUCCUGGUGUUGUCGGCGCGAGAAAUGUGAAAUGGCUUAAUAAGAUUACAGUUUCGAAGCACGAGAGUCCGUCGCAAUGGCAACAGGGCGAUUAUAAAGGAUUUUCGCCAAGUACAGAUUGGGACAAUGUAGAUUUUUCUAAAUCGCCCGCAAUACAAGAAAUGCCUGUGAUAUCGGCAAUUUGCAGUCCACGCGAUUCAGAUACAGUUGAGGUCAAAAAUGGAAAAAUAGAAGUAAAAGGUUACGCAUGGUCUGGUGGUGGCCGGAAGAUUAUUCGUGUUGAUGUCACAAACGAUAAAGGAGAGACUUGGCAUACGGCAAAUUUGUCAGCGCAAGAUCUUGACGCGAAAGAAGGUCAAUAUUGGAGUUGGACGUUAUGGAGUGUGGAACUUCCUGUAGAUAAGAAUAGUAAGGAGACUGAGAUUUGGGCAAAAGCAGUUGACUCAGCUUACAAUGUUCAACCAGAAAAUUUUAAACAUAUUUACAAUAUUCGCGGAUUGUUGUGUAACGCGUAUCAUCAAAUUAAAAUUAGGUUGAAACAAUGAAGAAAUUUUUUUUAUACUUUAUCAUGUAUUCCAUACUUUAUAUAUAUUCCGUGUACAAAAAAAGUUAAUAUGUAUCAGUGUAGAAUAGUAAAAAUAAUAUUUUUGUAGAUUAUAUAUAUAUAUAUAUAUAUAUAUAUAUAUAUAAUUUUUUUUAUUUAUAUUUUAUUCGACAAUUACAUAACAAAGAGUUUUUUUAAUUUGCUCAAUAUAAAACAUUAAAAUAUUUGUACAUUACAUACUAUACAUAGACAACUUAAUAUAAAUAUAAAAAUAUAUAAUAUGUAGACAAUUUUAUUAAACUAUUAAGUUAUUAAGUUAGUAUUUGGUACAUGAUAAGAAAAUAAUAUACCAAAUUUUAAUAAAGAUUUAGUGUGGAAUAUAUCAAGCGAAUAGUGUAUUUCGUCUUCUGUAAAAUUGUUCCUGAUGUAUAAUAGGUUUGCCAGUUAUUGCAUGUAUCAUAUUAUCAACCAUUUCUCCGACAAAUGUAUAAGAAUAUAAGCAUCCAACUAAAA